GUUACUAUAAUUGAAUUCCUGUGAUGUUUUUUUUCUGUUCUAGUUGUUUUGUGACAUCACCUAUUCUGUUACAUCUUGCACAGAGAAUGAAGCAAAUAGGUAUGGCCGAUUUCUAUGUGCUAUGUUAGAGACUGUGAUGCGGUGGCAUUCAGAGAAAUCAACUUUUGAAAAGGAAUGUGCUAAUUAUCCUGGCUUUGUGACAAAAUUUCGUGUGAGUAAUCAGUUUUCUGAAGCCAAUGAUCAUGUUGGUUACGAAAAUUACAGACAUGUUUGCCACAAAUGGCACUACAAAAUUACAAAAGCAAUGGUAGUUUGUUUGGACUCAAAAGAUUACGUACAAAUAAGAAAUUCACUUAUCAUUCUCAUCAAAAUACUGCCACAUUUUCCAGUUUUAGCUAAGUUACGGCAAAUUAUAGAAAGAAAAAUAGAAAAGGUGCGAGAAGAAGAAAAGAACAAAAGACAAGAUCUCUUCAUUCUUGCUACAAGUUAUAGUGGUCAACUUAAAGCUAAGUCUGCUACUAUGAUUAGAGAAAAUGAUUUUCACCAAGUUGGUGACAAGGUAAUUUACCUUAUUUUAUUUGUGUGUGUGUGCGUGUGUGUGUGUGUGUGUGUU